GUGCCUCGCCGGCCGCUCGGGCAACUCCCGGGCGGCGGCCAGCCGAGGAGCAGAGCGCUUGACCCGGGGGUCUGUCGCGUUGCAAGCGCCGCCGGAGCCCUGGCAAUGAGGAUCCUGUGGAUGGCGCUGUGCGCGCUGGCGCGGCUGUGGCCCGGGGCCCAGGCCGGCUGCGCCGAGGCCGGGCGCUGCUGUCCCGGCCGGGACCCCGCCUGCUUCGCCCGCGGCUGGAGGCUGGACAGGGUCUACGGGACGUGUUUCUGCGACCAAGCCUGUCGCCUCACCGGGGACUGCUGCUUCGACUACGACAGGGCGUGCCCAGCUCGCCCGUGCUUUGUGGGGGAAUGGAGCCCCUGGAGUGGUUGUGCAGACCAGUGCAAGCCUACAACCCGUGUGCGGAGGCGCUCGGUGCAGCAGGAGCCUCAGAACGGCGGGGCGCCCUGCCCACCCCUAGAAGAGAGAGCUGGCUGCCUGGAGUACUCCACCCCGCAGGGCCAGGACUGCGGGCACACCUAUGUUCCCGCCUUUAUAACUACCUCUGCAUUCAACAAGGAGAGAACACGACAAGCUACGUCUCCACACUGGUCUACACACACAGAGGAUGCUGGAUACUGUAUGGAGUUUAAGACAGAGUCCUUGACUCCUCACUGUGCUCUGGAAAACCGGCCCUUGACUAGAUGGAUGCAGUAUCUCCGAGAGGGAUACACGGUGUGUGUGGAUUGUCAGCCUCCAGCUAUGAACUCUGUGAGCCUUCGUUGUUCUGGAGAUGGCCUGGACUCCGAUGGAAAUCAGACUCUCCAUUGGCAAGCAAUUGGUAAUCCUCGAUGUCAAGGAACUUGGAAAAAAGUUCGGCGAGUAGACCAGUGUUCUUGUCCAGCUGUUCACAGUUUUAUUUUUAUAUAGAUGAUGAUAUAAAUAUUUCCAAAUGCAUUUGUAAACAUGCUAAAUAUUCUCAAGUCACGUUCAAUGUUUCCUAAACCUUCAAUUUUGGCCAAAGUCCCCAAACACAUCAUUGCCACACUCUGAAGUAGAGAAAGAAAAUUUAGGGGCCAGUACAGGUCCUUUAUUUUUAUUUUAACUAAGCUGAAGACCCACUCAAAAAGCUCCUGUGGUUUUAUGUUCUUGACCUUUCAACUGGAGUCCUCUCAUUCAGCAGGUGGCCCGUGAGACACAGAAUACAUGUCUGUUUGCUAAAGUAAAAUUACUGUAACUCAGUCCAAUUAUUGCUGAUGGAAGUGUCAUUUAAGGGGAUCUAUGUUUUGAAUCUUGCAGUCUUUCUAUUUUAUAAUCUUUUAAAAGUUUCUCACUUUAAAAAAUGUAUACAGGUAUGCACAUUCUACACAUAUAUUUCCAUAUAUUUAAUAUUCCAUAAAUUCUGAAAUAAUUUCAAGCAAAUUAUCACAAAUAAUUUUUCCACAAGGCAAAUUAUUUAAAAUUUUAGUAAGCAUUCUGUAACGAAAAACCAACAGCUAUACUAAAAACAUUUUUUGAAGAAGAAAUUUUUUUUCGCUUAAGUGAAAGGAUCAAAUGCUCAUUCUAGGUCAAUGGGAGUUCUUUUAAAUGUUAUAAUUUUCAUGAAGAGAAAUGUUGGCACCAGUGAAUGAAACAAUUGCUUUCAUUCCAAAAAUUCUACCACCAUUUGCAUCUAAGAUUAUUUCCAAGGCUUAAAGCCUGAAGCUGACUAAAAUAAUCUUUCAGAGUCCAACUUCAAGUUUAGUUGAUGUAAGCUCACUAUUUUUUUCCUGCCGCAUGCAUUUUCUAAUGUUUGGGGUGGAUGGUGUGUCGGUUAUGGAAGGCAUAGACGUCAUUGUAGGUGCUAUGAUCUCACACAUACACAAGGAAAUGUUAGUCUCCUUAUUUUAUGAUUGGAAAAUCAAUGACCUAGAGGCAAAAUGGCAUGUUUAAGGACCUGGGAUGACAAGUCAUUCUGCAGUCAGCCACAGAGCCAAAUUUGGACUCCUCAUCCGGGACUCCAUGAAAAGCCUGACUUUGCCAAACACUGUGCUGGAAAAGCUAAGCCCCUUUCAUUUUUGAAGUAAAUUUUAAAUUCAAGAUAUUUAGUUUAGAGAAUUGAGUCUUGAGAUGUAAACUACAUGAGAUUUCUUUGGUUUCAAUUGAAUAAUAUUCACUAACAAAUGAUUUACUAAAAUACAUAUUUCUUGGUCCUUAAAAUGUAAUGACAGAUUCAUAACAGCAAUAGGGAUGGAAAUUUACCCAAUAAUUAAUAACACCGAGAGUAACAAUAUUUCUGACUGUAUUUUCAUUUAAUUGUCAAAGUUGUUUUUGUGGAAAAUUAAAUUCUUCAGAAAUUAAUAAUAAAACAUGUGAGUCUCAUCAAGGCUAGCAACUUUAAGUCAGUAUUAACAUUUUCAUACUGUUUCUAACAUUUAUAAAGCUAGAUUUUUGAAGCUACGUCUGGGUAAUUUCCAAUGUUACUUAAAAGUUUUUUUUUUUUUUUUUUGAGACAGAGUCUCGCUCUCUCGCCCAGUGCAGUGGCCCGAUCUCGGCUCACUGCAAGCUCUGCCUCCCGGGUUCACGCCAUUCUUCUGCCUCAGCCUCCCAAGUAGCUGGGACUACAGGCACCCGCCAUCAUGCCCGGCUAAUUUUCUGUAUUUUUUUUUAGUAGAGAUGGAGUUUCACCAUGUUAGCCAGGGUGGUCUCGAUCUCCUGACCUCGUGAUCCACCCGCCUCGGCCUCCCAAAGUGCUGGGAUUACAAGCGUGAGCCACUGCGCCUGGCCUGUUACUUAAAAUUUUUAUACUAGUAAAUAAACUUUUUGAUCACAUUCAUAAAAGCUCUAUAUUUGUUUGACUAGAAAAUAACCCAAAUUUUCUGGACUAGUCAGAGAAUGAUAAAAUUUCACCAGAAAUAAAACAAAAAAUCCUUCAGAAUUGAUAGGUAUAGGUACAACGACUACUAAUAGAAAUAAAGCAAUGGUGAAUUUAUAGUUCUGAUAUGUGUUAUAACAUUUAACAUAAUUGAGUUGUAUAAAAUAAAUUUUUCACCUUAUGCAUUUAAUUUUUGGUGGAUGACCAGUAAUUGCUUUCUUAUUGAAGUUAAAUUUUUGUUAUUUCUAUUCUUGAGAAAAUUUUAUGGGCUAGAGGAGUUAACUGUUGAAUAAGUUUUGAAAAGCUUGUUAUUAAUUUUAGCAAAGCCCAAGGGAAAUAGUUCAGAACUGAAACAUGUAGUCCAAGUGAUGAAUGAAAAACCGAAAGUUUUUAUUUUCAAAGUUAAAAAUCAAAGUAUAUAAGACCUCUUGGCACUCUUUUUUAAUAAGUACGUUAGUCUUAGGGCCCUAUCCCCAGGCACUCUAAAAAGAUUUACGAACUCUAGAAUCCCUUAAUAGACUGAUUUUCAAAAGUGCUUGUGGAAAAGAAUUUGAACAAAAAUAAAUACAGCCACCAGGAAAGAAGGGAAAAGAAGCAAGGGAUAAUGGCCAUUUUUGAAGAGAAAAGUGAAAAACAAGUGAAGGAAAAAAAGAAUAGAAAAAGGAAUAAGGUGAACUAUAAUCACAGUAUUCUUUUUAGAGUUUUGCUUUGAUUUUUAUUCGAGAAUGUUACAAUUAAGCAUAAACCGCAACAGCAAUAA